AUGUUUGAUUCUAAGGCUUAAACUACUAAAGAGCACUAAUAUAACAGCCUCAUUAAAGGUAAAUAAGAAUUGAAGCUUGAAGAUUUUCUGUAGAAGAAAUAAACUAAAAUUUGCUCUCUAUAUUUUUAUAAAAAGGCCAUUAAAAGAUAAAUUUUCUCUAAGGUUCAAAGUGUCAUCAUUACAUUUGAACAACAUAAUUGUUAUCCACAUUAAAUAUAAUCUAUAUUGACUGCUGAAUAUUCAGUUUAAAAAGGAAUUAUUAUUCUCUCCAAUUUCAUUAAAUUUGUUGAUUAUUUUCCUCAUUUAGUUACCAAUUAUGUGCUAGCUAUUUCAAAUAAAGGAUUUUUUAAUUUUCCUUACGUCUAUUCAUUAUGUUACUAUGGGUUUAUUAUUUAAAUAAUUUCUGGAAAUUUUUUUAUAAUAAAAAUAUUUGACAAGCAAUGUAACACUAAUAUGGAGCAACUAGUUAACCAUACAGAUCAAACCAAGUUUAACUAUAUGUAAGUGUAGGUUAAGAUUUUUAAUAGUCUGGCUAGAAUAAUGCAUAGAUAACCCCAUUUACUAUGUUUUAGGAAUUUGACUCUAUGUCUAAUAAGAUAAAGCAAUAAAUGGAUAACUAAUUGGCUAAUUUAGGUUUCGGAUCUAUUUUUAGAGACUUUGGAAAUUUAGAAAAUGAAAUGAUGGAAUUCUCGAAUCUCCAUAGACACAUGAAGAAUUUAAAUUAAAUGGAGGUUAAUAGUAAUGCAUAAGAUGGCGUAUUCCAAGUUUAUUCAUCCUGUUAUGUCUAAUAAUCAAAAUUAGGUCCUGAUGGAAAAAUAAUUUAAGAAAAAUAUUUUGAUAAUAACGCUGUAGCAAGAGGAGUCAAUGGACAUACUGUAAUAUAUAUUUCUAAUAUCUAUAGAUAAGUGAAAGGCAAUAAGGAUACAAGAAUAGUGAUGGUAUUGAUAGGUUUGCACAUGAAAGAAUGAUGAAUGAUAAAGGAAGAAAGUAUAUAAGAGAAAGAGAUUGGAAUGGUUAAAUAACUACAACUAAUCAUUAUAUGAAUAUUGAAGAAGAACAAGUAGAGCAAUUUGAAAACGAAUGGAAGGGACUUGGACAAUAACUUGGAAUCAGUUCAAUUUCUAGUAGAUUUAAUCCUUUAUAAGAAAAAUAACCUUUAACAAAUUCAAAUUAUCGUCCAUUUCUUCAAGAAUAAUUAACUUACUCUACUCCAUCCAGGUAUAUAAAUGGGAAUUAAACAAAUUAAUUUCUAGAUGAAAUUUAGCCUAAUUUAAUAAACAAUAGAUAUAAUUAAAAUAAUAAUCCAUCUGGGCUGACAUGGCAACAAUCAAACGAAUAAGUCGGAAUUCAAAAUAGGGUUCCAUGCUCUCAUUAAGCAUUGAGAGCCCUUCCUCCUGAAAAAUAAUCAUUCAGAGGAUUUUACUAAAAUAAGGGUGCUAUAAGUUAGUAUCCUUAUUCUGAAUGA